UGUUCCGCGAAUUUUAGGGUUACUGCAAUCUUCUGCUUCCUUGUCGCCGCCGCAUCAAAGAGAACUGAAGCAAAGAGGAGGCUUGUAUCUCUCUGCUGCACAACAUGACUUUCAAACGUAGGAAUGGUGGAAGGAACAAGCACAACCGUGGUCAUGUGAACCCAAUCAGGUGUUCCAACUGUGGAAAAUGCUGCCCCAAGGAUAAGGCGAUCAAGAGAUUUAUCGUCAGAAACAUUGUUGAGCAAGCUGCCAUUAGAGAUGUUCAAGAAGCUAGCGUCUACGAUGGUUACACUCUCCCAAAGCUUUACGCUAAGAUGCAAUACUGUGUCUCAUGUGCUAUCCACUCUCACGUUGUGAGAGUCCGAUCCACCACCAACCGUAGAAUUCGUACCCCUCCACCUCGUUUUGCCAGACGCAAGGAGGAUACUCCCAAGCCAGGACAACCUGGUCAGGCUCCUCGCCCCGCUGGUGGUGCACCUGCUGCUCCUCGUGCCUGAAGACUUUAAGAAGCUUGCAACCCAAAACUGUUUCUAUUCUAGUUUCAGUUUCCUUUUUGUCUGAAAUUUUUGAAGAUGUUUUCUACAUUUUGCUAUAGAUGAUUUCGCCACAUGAAGCUUUAAAUGUUUUAGACCAAUUUUUUUUUUCAGUUUAUUUGACUUUACUCUUCCGAUUC